ACGCAGGCCGUGCGGGGGGAACGCGGCGGCGAGGCGCGUCCCCGGGGCCUGGGUGGCCGCGCACACCGUGGACUCCGGGCCGGCGCCGGCUCCCGUCCCCGGGGAGAAGGAGCCCGAUGGGCGGGUUCGAGCGUGAGCGGCGGCGGGUCCGGGGCCGCCGGCUCCUCCCCGCCAGUGGGCCCGGCCGCGGCUCUCGGCGCUGAGCAGUGCGGCGGCGGGCGCGCCUCGGCCAUGCCCCGGCCCUAGCGCGCCUGCCGCAGCCCGCGCCCACCUCCUCAAUGGGCAACCUGCUCGGCGGGGUCAGCUUCCGCGAGCCCACCACCGUGGAAGACUGCGACUCCACCUGGCAGACGGACUCGGAGCCCGAGCCCGAGGAGCCGGGGCCGGGGCCGGGGGGCGGCUGCGAGGGCCCGGGGCGGGAGCCCGAGCCGCCCGCGCCGCCCGCGCCCUCCCCGGAGCCAGCCGGCCCCGCGCCGGACGAGGACGCCGAGGCGGCGGGCGGCGAGCAGGGUAGUGAUUCCCCUGAAGCAACUGCCAAACCAAAGAGAAGUUUUUAUGCUGCAAGGGAUUUGUACAAAUAUCGACACCAGUAUCCACAGAACUUCAAAGAUAUCCGAUAUCAAAAUGAUUUGAGCAAUCUUCGUUUUUAUAAGAACAAGAUUCCAUUUAAGCCAGAUGGUGUUUAUAUUGAAGAAGUUCUAAAUAAAUGGAAAGGAGAUUAUGAAAAACUGGAGCACAACCACACUUACAUCCAAUGGCUUUUUCCCCUGAGAGAACAAGGCUUAAACUUUUAUGCUAAAGAACUAACUACAUAUGAAAUUGAGGAAUUCAAAAAAACAAAAGAAGCAAUUAGAAGAUUCCUCCUGGCUUAUAAAAUGAUGUUAGAAUUUUUUGGAAUAAAACUGACUGAUAAAACUGGAAAUGUUGCUCGGGCUGUUAACUGGCAGGAAAGAUUUCAGCAUCUAAAUGAGUCACAGCACAACUACUUACGAAUCACCCGUAUUCUUAAAAGCCUUGGUGAGCUUGGAUAUGAAAGUUUUAAAUCUCCUCUUGUAAAAUUUAUUCUUCACGAGGCUCUCGUAGAAAAUACAAUUCCUAAUAUUAAGCAGAGUGCUCUGGAGUAUUUUGUUUAUACAAUUAGGGACAGACGAGAAAGGAGAAAGCUCCUGCGGUUUGCCCAGAAACAUUACACACCUUCAGAAAAUUUUAUCUGGGGACCACCCAGAAAAGAGCAGUCAGAGGGAAGCAAGGCCCAGAAGGUGCCUGCCCCUCCGGCCUCCUCUGGUCAUAGCAGUCAAACUUCUAUGCAUAAAAAAUCCAAGGACUCCAAAAAUUCCUCCUCAGCUGUUCAUUUAAAUAACAAAACGGUUGAAGAAAAAAAAGUGGCACCAAAAGAGCCCGGGGAAGAGACAGAAAGGUCCAACCUGGAGCCCAGCAGUGAGGACGCCAAGCUGAGAGACACAGAGAACAGAGGUGCUGAAACUUUGAAUUCUCAACCUGAAAAAACAGUCAGUCAUCCCACAGAACAAAAGGAGAGUGCACCUCCUUCUGAAAAAGACGAAGAAGGUGAAAGUCAUAGCAGAGACUCUGAAGCUUCUGGAAGCGCAAGUUGUCAUGAUGUUGCAGGAUUACAGUGACUUAUCAGAAAACCCACAGGCCGGUUUAGGUAAGGGAGGAAAACAACUGCUGUAUAAUUUAUCCUAAAGAACAACGGUGAGGUCCGUUCAGCUGUUACCCAUCUGUGUGUGAUUUAUGUUGUAUGCAUUUUGUUGUCAUUUGUUUUUUAUUUUGGAUGACAACUAUUUCAAUAAGAAGUUUUAAGACAAGACCCAAUAAAAUGAUUGUAUUCUG